AUGGAGCCUGAUGGAGUUUACUGCUCGCUUGAGAAACCCACUGAAGAUUUAUAUGCUACAAUAGCAGAGACUAAGGAGAAGAGGGAAGAACACCAGGCAGUGCCUUCUAAUACUGUGAAAAAGAAGACAUUUGCAGUGUGGGUGUCAUUGGUAUUCUUGUGUGCUGUCAUCCUGGCUGCCUUCCUCUCGCUCAUUGUGUACUUUGUUACUGGAGUUAAAUACAAGGAAAAUGAGGAGAAACUGCAGAACACACUUUUUGUUACCAAUGAAGAGCUGAAGCUAUUACACAAGAAUCUGUCAGAGGUGAAAACCGAGUACACAGUCCUGAUUCAAAACCACACUACUCUGCUAUCGCACAAUAUGGAAUUGACACAGAACAUCAGUGAGCUGCAGUUGAGGUACUCAGCAUUACAAGGGAACCACACUGCAAUGACUACAUCUCUUGACAAAUAUUGUUCCAUACAAAGGGCUUCAAUGCCAGAAAGGAAAUGUGUCUUCUGCCCAGAGAGCUGGGUGCCAUUCAACACAAACUGUUACUACUUUGCCAAUGAUACAAAGACCUGGGCUGACAGUCGUGAUAACUGCACAUCAAUGGGGGGUCACCUGGUGAUCAUAGAGAGCCAAGAGGAGCAGAACUUCUUACUGAAUAAGACACGCAGCAAAACUGUCAAAUCUCACUGGAUUGGUUUAACUGACCAGAAGGCAAAAGGUCAGUACCUCUGGGUGGACAACAGACCUCUGAAUCAAAGCAACAAGUUCUGGGGGAGAAGAGAUAAUAAAAAUGAUCAAGGAUUUGAACCGGACAACUUUAAGGGAGACUAUUCAGAAGGACAGAACUGCGUACACAUAGACACAAACACACUAUUUAACGGGUGGUAUGAUGUAUGGUGUGGUGAAAUCAAACAAAGAAUCUGUGAAGCAGCAGCUGCCCUUAUUCAUAUCUAGCAUGAAAGUGAGAGUUAAAAACAAGGCCAGAAAUGAUCAAGUUCAUGACUCGCUGGUGACAGCAAGUGUCUCUGAAGUGAUAAAAUGUAGCUCGGACUAGAACCUUUAGAAACAAGGAAUACAGCAUUUCUGAGAAGCUCUACCUCACCUCCAG